AUGUUGCCGACAUCUCUCACAAGCAGAUAUAGGCAGUACAAAGACGACACCAAUGCUGUAGCUUCUUGGCUUACGACCACUGCUCAAGAACGCGGUUAUUCCAAGAAUUUUUCCGAGAAAGAUACCGGAAAAGACACUGCCCUACCACCAACCUCAGGAAAGUUGAAAGGAAAGGCACGGAAGGAGGCACGAGCGGCUGCAGGACAGCCGCCAAAAGGUUCGGCAACAUCUGGAAGCCCGUACAUUGUCACUACCAAAGAUUUCGCUAACCUGGCAAAGUACGUUGUUGGUGCCAGCAAUGUUCAGGUGCCUCGACGCAUUUCCAAUGCGCUUGAUCGGGCGAUCACCGUUCGGAAAAGCUACAGCGCCCAGAUGUCUUCAAUUUCUUCUUCUAUGGACAUCAAGGAUUCUGAAUCUAAUCAAAAGCACAACUUUUUCAUCAGUGUCCUGGAGAAUCGGCCUUCCAAUCUGGAGGCAGAGGUAGUUUCUGAUGGCGAGUUCGUCAAUUCUUUCUCAGAGUUGCAUGUUGAUGAUCCAUCCGAGGAACUACAACUUCCUGAUACUCCUCUCCCGACAACGGCAACGGCAACGGCGAAGCCCGACCACAAGGACCACAAAGCCGAGUUACAGCAGGAUCAUGACGAUGGCGUCCUAGCUUUCCUCAUGCUCCUCAAAGACUAUCGAGAGCUCCGUUCCGUCAUCUUCGAGAUGUGGAGAGGGUACCGCGACCACAAGAGAGAUUUGAUUAGUGUGUCCAUCACGACAAACACUGCGAUCGAUUUCGCACGGUGCUUGGAAGAGGAUGUACAGGAAAUGAUUGAGAAGGCUGGAAGUAUUGAUGCAUUGCUUGAAAUUGUGUACAAGUCUCAAUGCCAGGGUAUUGGAGAAGAUCCGCUCGACGAAGAGAUGAACUCCGAUAAAUACCAAGCAGCGGACAAUAUAUUCUGGACGGCUCACAGCUUGGUAAAGGACUUUCAUGGCUCUUAUGAGCAUUCCAGCGAUCAGAGCACGGAAAGCACAAAGCGUCCUUAUGAAAAUCUCAACGAUGCGAGAACAGUGAUGUGGGAUCAGCUGCGGAAUGCCCUGAACCAGAUUACUCUCUUCUUCGAGGUCACGAAGAAAUCCGCCGCACCCACCGAGGAUAACCUCAUGCAAAAUCUACGCGAAGUAUAUAACACGGGCAAGGUGCAUCUUACGGCAGCCUUUGCGGCCCAUAUAUUCCUCUGUAUCUCUCAAAUUCUGGGGGAAGACGCGAAAAGAGGGUUCUCGGAAUUGCAAAAGAUAGCGCAACAGACUGAAGCUUCACUCAACCAGGCCUUAAAGUUCAAAGAGACUUCCAGCAUAGCGGCAUGUACCUGUCACUUUCCUGACCUUCAGGCCAUCAUCGAUCAAUGGGUAAAUGCGGAUCCCAUCUACGCUAACCACGAAGGCAAGGCUGGCGAACCGUUCUUGCUGAUGAAGAUGCAUCCUUUGUUGUGUGGUCUUUGGGCUUACCAUUUGAGGAUUCUGUUUCACAACCAAAGCCUGAUGUACGCAAAUCAGUCAUCUAUCAUCAUGGACGCUGCCCACUUGUACAAUGCUGUGCAACAAGAGAAGCUCCUAAGCAGCCGCUGGAAGGACAUGGAGACCAUCUACCGCAUUCACACCCAGAAGUCGGUCUUAAGUGGUAACGUCCCGAAGGAUUUCGAACAAUACCUUCGCCGCUUUAGAUUACACCUAGGUUACUCCGCGACUUUCUAUGCGAAAAAUAAACGCCAGUAUACCUAA